AUGUCGGGCGAAUGGCAACAUGGUCUUUGUGGAUGUUUUGAUAAUUUUGGACUGUGUAUAGUUUCCUGGAUCAUACCCUGCUACAGAUUUGGCAAAAAUGCGGAGGCAGUCGGUGAAGAUUGUUUAUUGUGCGGAAUAGGAUUCCUCGUUCCGGGGCUUGAUCUAUUUCUGGGAGCACAUAUUAGGUCUAAAAUCAGGGAAUCGAAAGGUAUCCAGGGAAGUUUUGUGGGGGAUUUAAUCAUGUAUUUCUGCUGUCCUUUCUGUGCCUUGGUACAAGAAGCUCAGGAACUGGAGGGAGCCAGUCCACAAGCGGAAUCAAUGGCAAGAGAAUGA